CCUUCUCAUCCAUCAUGGGCGAGCCCUCAUCAACUCCCAGCUCCUCAUCCGCUCCCCCUCUCGAACUUAUCACAUCCCUCCCCGGGCACAACGAUCGCGCCUGGUCUGCUGCGUGGAACCCGCGGACCAAUCUACUCGCUACCUGCUCCACCGACAGGGAUGUGAGGCUGUUCUCGCACAGCAGGAGCAGCGGCGGCCAUGGUGACACGAUGGAGGGUGAGGAGCAAGUAAGGUUCGCGCUCAGGGAGACGAUCCCUACUGGUCACAAGCGUACGGUCAGGCAGGUGGCGUGGAGCCCAUCGGGUAGGACGUUGGCUACCGCUUCGUUUGAUUCUACUGUUGGCAUUUGGCAACAACUUCCCCCUUCGGAAUCAGGCGUAGUAGACGCGACAGGUUCGGCCAACCCUUCAUCCAGCUCUACGGGCAUGUGGGACUGCAUAGGUACGCUGGAAGGUCACGAGUCGGAAUGCAAGUCCGUCACCUUCAAUCGCAACGGAACUCUUCUUGCUAGCUGUUCAAGGGAUAAGAGCGUGUGGAUCUGGGAGGUUCAACCUGAUGGGGACUUUGAGUGCUUGAGUGUGUUGAUGGAGCAUAGCCAGGACGUCAAGUGUGUGAGGUGGAGCCCGAGGGAGGAUCUGCUAGCUUCGGCUUCGUACGACGAUACCAUUCGCCUCUACCUCGACGAUCCCUCCGACGACUGGUUCUGCUAUACCACUCUCACGGGCCACACUUCGACAGUCUGGUCCCUCUCAUUCUCUCCUUGCGGGAAUCACCUAGCCUCCGCCUCCGACGACAGCACGGUGCGCAUCUGGAGUCGCCUGGACGAGGUGCAGUGCAAGGCGAGGGGACUGCAACCACAGGGUAAAGUGGCGGGCCGCGCAGGGGACAGGUGGGUGUGCACUAAUGUGCUCAAGGGAUGGUUUGGACGGACGGUCUACUCGGUGGAUUGGGCAAAGGGAAGGGAAGGGACGCUAGGCAGAUUAGCGGCCGCGGGUGGGGAUGGAAGGAUCUGUGUUUGGGAGAUUGCCCAGCCUGAGGGUGAAGAGGGAGCACCCGUGGCCACACUCAUUGCCAGCGUAGAAGAUGCACACGGCGUCUCCGACAUCAACUGUGUUUCAUGGGGGCCCAUGUGCAAGGCUGAGCAGGACGGGGGCGAGGAUGCGGCGCGAUUCGAGGAGAUUGGCGAGGACGACGAUGCAGAGAUGGGCGGGAAUGGCUCAGACACGUGGGGAUGGAAUCAUCUGCUCGCGAGCACGGCGGAUGAUGGCUCGUUGAGGGUUUGGAGGGUGCCGAUUGUCAGCUUGGGCUCAGCUUGA